AUGACCCGAGUUAAAGAUCCCGACUCGGAAGGUCCGGAAUUUAUUAGAGUAGUAGAUCCAGUGCGAGACGAAAAGGUGGGAACAGACUGCCAGAUUCGAGAUUUUGGCGCCUACAGUGAGACUUGGGCUAGUUCAAUGGCUAGCCCUUUCAUCCGCGUGGAGACGAAAGACACCAUAGUUGCGAGAAGGUUGGGUGGCGCCAGAAUGGUGGUGCAGUCGGUCAGUGAGAUUUAUUAUGAGAAAAGCUGA